CAUCACACAAUUCCCAGAUCACACCGUGCGCCACGCCCCCUUCCCCAAAAACCUUUCGAAAACCGCCGCGCCAACCGCCACCCAGCCCCGUCCAAGAAACCGCACGCCACCGCGGACGCGACCCCCCGCCGGCGCCAAGAUGGUGCGGCUAAGCAACACGGUGAUCGGGAUCCUGAACGCGGUGACCUUCCUGCUCUCGGUGCCCAUCCUGGCGGGCGGCAUCUGGCUGCGGGCGCGCGCCGACGGCACCGAGUGCGAGCGCUACCUGGCGGCGCCGGUGAUCGCGGUGGGGGUGUUCCUCAUGCUCGUCUCCAUCGCGGGGCUCGUCGGCGCCUGCUGCCGCGUCACCUGCCUCCUCUGGUUCUACCUCGUCGCCAUGUUCCUGCUCAUCGUCGUCCUCCUCGGCCUCACCGUCUUCGCCUUCGUCGUCACGCACAAGGGCACCGGGGAGGCCGUCUCCGGCCGCGGAUUCAAGGAGUACAGGCUCGGGGACUACUCCAACUGGCUGCAGAAGCGGGUGGAGAACGACAAGAACUGGAACAGGAUCAAGGGCUGCCUCCAGGACGCCAAGGUCUGCAAGUCGCUCGAGGACAAGACGGUCGACCAGUUCAUGUCCUCCGAUCUCUCCCCCAUCCAGUCCGGCUGCUGCAAGCCUCCGAUCAGCUGCGGCUUCACCUACGUCAACAGCACGCAAUGGACCGGCCCCGCCAAGUCGACGGAGCCCGACUGCGGCGCGUGGUCCAACGACGGGGCGCUCUGCUACGGCUGCCAGUCGUGCAAGGCCGGCGUGGUGGCCACCCUCAAGCGCAAUUGGAAGCGCUCCGCCAUCAUCAACAUCGUCUUCCUCGUCUUCAUCAUCAUUGUCUACUCCGUCGGCUGCUGCGCCUUCAGGAACAACCGCCGCGACCACCGCAACGGCGGCGGGUACAAGCAGCAGGGCGCGUACGCCUGAUCGUUUGGCUCGGUUAUUUAUUGCUUGGAUUGGAUGGAUUCGUGUCAUUUUCAUUCAUCGUCGUGCUUCUCUUAGGAUGGCCUGAUCUAGCUUUGUACAGGCGAGAUUAUUCUGUGCUCUGAUCAUCUACUAGUUAGGUUCUAUACUCCGUGGUCAUGAGGAGGGUUGUGUAUAUGUCUUUUCUGUUCUUUGAUAUGUAUGGCAGACCAUUAUAUAUGUAACAGAUUAUUCUGGAGUUAUUUAUUUCAUAUUAUAUUUACUUUUGUCC